AUGGAGGGGUUUAUCCUGAUGGUGACAUCGGAGGAUCAACAUCGACGUUCCGUUCAGAAGAAGAAGCAGGAGUGGCGAAAUCUGUUCGUCAAGCUCGAUGACAUCUCGGCUCGCUUGAUUGCAUUCACCGAUCGAUCGCAGUUCGAGAUGUACUGGGGCAUUUAUCUAGUGGGGGCCGACAUUGCAACACCCGUACCAGGUGAACCCUCUAACGGUAUCGACGUCGACGACACACCCUACUGUUUCUACAAAGAGUGGGUGAAAGCGCUCACUCAAGUUGUUAGAGACGGACCUCGAGCUCCUCGGUUUGCCGUCACACAACCAGGAAACGAGUUCGAGUUCCAGGCUCGUGUCGUUAAUUCUCGACUUCAUGUCGACGGCACCCACGCUGAAUACAUGAUCACUUGCUCGUGUCAAGUGUUCAGCAAGUUGGUGGGUCGUUGUUUAAUGAAGGAAUGGAGCCUCUGGCGGCGAUUCUCCGAGUUUAACGAGCUAUAUCAAGCAUUGAAGAAGUCGAUGGGACCCCAAUUGGAGGGGAUAGAUCUUGUCAAGCACAAACGCGAUGCCUUCUGA